GUCGAUGAAGCUUGCGGCCUGCCUCUGCCUGGGGGGAAUCAAUAAAAUACCUCCGGUGUAAGUUAUACGCACUCGCGCGAAUCGUUUCGGUGGCCAAAAGCACGUAGACUCGUUACACUUUUUUUUACAAUUUAUAUUUAUCGUGCAGCGUGACAAUAACAACAACGACAUCAUGAAGCUGGAAAAGGAGCGUAUCUCGCGAGAAUUGCUGAGCGACAAGACCAAGGAAUUAUGGCAGGCCGAGGAUUCGUUGCCACCCGCGAAGAAUGCCGAGCUGUCGCAGAGUCUGCGCAGGCAGGGCAACGAUCUCUACGUCAAGGUGCAGACGUCGGUCAACGAGCUCAAGCAGGAGGAGAUCUAUCGGCUCUACUCGGCCAGCAUAGCGCAAGCUCCGCCCGAUUCCGACGAUCUCGCCCUGGCCUACGGCAAUCGAUCGGCCCUACUCCUGCUCAUGAAGAAGUACAAGGAGUGCUGCGGCGACAUCGACCGAGCCCUCGGGAUAAGCAAAGUGGAUUCGUACAAGAUCAAGCUGCUGUGCCGCAAGAUCGAGUGUCUGACGGCUCAGGGCUUGCCGGGCAGCAAGCACCUGUACUCGGACGCGCAGGCACUGAUGAGCAAAGUCACCGAGGAGGACAAGGAUUACGGCACUCUGGUGAAGCUGAUGGAGAAGGCCAAAGUCUCGUCGAGGAGUCACGUCAAGAGCGAAGAGAUCAAGAAGGAGGAUGUCGUGCCGAAGCACAUGAAAAUUUUGAUGCAGAAGGAGAGGGAGAAUCCGUUCGACACCGUGACCAUUCGGCAGGACAAGAAGUACGGCAGGUACCUCGUGGCGGGCAGAGAUCUCGAGGCCGGCGAGAUCGUCUGCGUGGAGAAGCCCUACGUGAAGGUCGUGAACGCCAACAACGCACACAUGUACUGCAGCCACUGCCUGGCGCUGUCCUGGGCGACCGUGCCCUGCGACAACUGCAGCCUGUUCAUGUUCUGCUCGGACAGGUGCAAGGCCGAGGCCUGGGACAGGUAUCACGACGUGGAGUGCAGAGUCGCCGCGCGUAUUAUGCCCCCUGGACAGCUGACGCUGGACACGGUUUAUCAAUUGCUGACGAUCAAGGAGACGGUCUGCGGUAUCAGAGAGGCCAACGGUAUUGGUCGAUUGAAGGCAGCCAUUCGACAACUGGACAAAGCGAAAGGGCAAUGUACGAGAGGGUUUUUCAAGGACAACGAGUGCAAGAAAGUAGGAUUCGAGGCAUUGUAUACGUUGUGCGAUAACAUUACUCAAGAGCGUUUAGAGAUAUAUAUACCAAAGAGCGUAUUCAUUUUGAUAACCCUUUUGAAAUAUACACCUCUAUUUGGAGAUGACUUGAAAGAAGAAGAAUUUGAAAAUAUAGUAAAAAACGAAGAGAUUUUAUUCGUUGGAGCUCUCAUACUAAAGUUGUACAAAAUUAACAAGUUAAACUGUCAGACACUGCCAGGGCACUUUGCAGGAGCGUGCAGAAAGUCAAAAGAUACUGUUCAGUGCCAUAUACAAAUGUGUUGUCAAAGAGGAUGCGGUGUUGUGCCAAUAAACAGUUUGAUCAACCAUAGCUGUGAUCCAAAUGUAAAAAAUGUUGUUACAUCGUCGCAAAAUUUUAUUUUGUAUACUCUCAUGCCUAUAAAGAAAAAUAGCCAGUUAUUUAUCACAUACCAACAAAACUUUUAUGAUAUGAUUAGAUACGACAGACUGACAAUACUACAAAAUGGAUAUAAUUUUCUUUGCGAUUGUCCAGCGUGUCUGGAAAAUUGGCCAACUAUAAAAGAAUUGUUGAGAAUGAUUCAGGAAAGACCAGAUGUUUAUAGGUUGAUGUCAAGCCCAAAAGAACUGAGCCUUUUAUACAUAGAAAAUGAACUUGUUAGAACUAUUUUAGAAAAUCCUGAAAAUGCCAAACCCAAUCAGAAAACCAUUCAGAGUCUUUCAAAAGCUUUAGCUAAGGCAGCUCGUCAACUGAAACAACCUUCGGUUGUACUGUGGAAAUUGAAGUCCAGCAUGCAUGCAGUUUUUGAAAUGCUCUAUAUUAAAACUUGAAAAACCAACAAUUUUAUGAAUUAAUAAGUGUUUUUGAAAGAAAUCGUUAUUAACGCACAAAUAGUUUGGAAAAAUGUUUUUCAUAUGAAUUAUUAUUGAACCAUUGUAAAAAUUUUACAUGUUUAAUUGUAUCUUUACAAACUUAGAUGAUAAAGAAUGAUUUUUAAAUGAA